AUGUCUAACAUGUCUAUAAUGUGCCUGGUGUUGGGUGCCGGACCAUGUGGGCUGAGAACGGCCAUCGAACUGUCCCUGCUGGGGGCCCAGGUGGUGUUGUUGGAGAAGAGGGAGGAUUUCAGCAGGAACAAUGUUCUCCACCUCUGGCCUUACACCAUCAUUGACCUCCGAGAGCUUGGAGCUAAAAAGUUUUAUGGCAAAUUCUGCUCUGGCACCUUGGAUCACAUCAGCAUUCGUCAGCUUCAGUUGAUCUUGCUGAAAGUAUGUCUCCUCCUGGGGGUGGAGGUUCACACCGGAGUGGAGUACAAAGGCCUGAUCGAGCCCUCUGGGGAUAAAGGUUGGAUGGCCAAACUACAGCCUCAGUCUAAUCCUGCUGCAUCCUUCCAGUUUGAUGUUUUUAUCUCUGCAGGGGGAGGCAGGUUCGUCCCUGAUGGUUUUAAGCAUAAAGAGAUGAGAGGGAAGCUGGCUAUCGGCAUCACAGCCAAUUUUAUCAACGGAAACACAGCGGCUGAGGCCCAAGUGCCGGAGAUCAGCGGAGUGGCUCGAAUCUAUAACCAGAAGUUCUUCCAAGACCUGCUAAAUGAGACGGAUAUUGAUUUAGAGAAUAUUGUGUACUACAAAGACGACACGCAUUACUUUGUCAUGACAGCCAAGAAGAAGAGCCUGCUGAGACGGGGAGUGAUUAAACAGGACUACAUUGAUGCAGCACAGCUUCUGGCGCCUGCAAACGUAGAUCACGUUGCCUUGUGUCUGUAUGCUCAUGAUGCGGCGUACUUCUCCACCGGUGGGAAGCUGCCCGAUCUGCAGUUUGCUCUCAAUCAGGCCGGUCAGCCUGAUGUGGCCAUGUUUGACUUCACCUGCAUGCAGCGCGCCGAGAACGCAUCGCUGGUCCGGGAAAGGAGGGGCAAGAAGCUCCUUAUAGCUCUGGUUGGCGACUGCCUGGUGGAGCCAUUUUGGCCUCUGGGAACUGGGAUAGCCCGAGGAUUCUUCGCUGUCUUUGACACGGCGUGGACGGUGAGGAGCUGGGGUAUGGGGGUCCAACCCUUGAAGGUCCUUGCAGAGAGAGAAAGUAUGUACCAGCUGCUCUCCCAGACCACACCUGAAAACACCUGCAAGAAGUACUCCCAGUACACCAUCAACCCAAAAACACGGUACCAGAGAGUCAACCUGUCUGCCCUCCAGGCUCACCAGAGUGACAUGUCUUCCUUGGAUGAGUCAAACAGUGUCCACAACCACCAGCUGGCGUUCAGUGUGGUGCAGCAGGAGCUGGGCAUCCCUCCCGUCAUGUCUCCAAGUGGUCAGAUUGACAAGCUGUCCAUCGUUCUCUACCUCACACAAAUCAAAGAUGCUCUUACUGCGCCACCAAAGGAACCUGCAGGCCCCCUACCGCCGUCCAAGUCUCCGAGUCUCGCUCGGACACAGUCGGCUGUCAUUUUCCUGAGCAAGCUGAGGAACCGCUCACUGCAAAGACAAAAGGAAAAGCUGGCAACUCUGAAACGAGUUGCAAAGCCUGAGGACAGGAUGGGAGAUGUGGAAAACACUUCAGAGCUACUUGAGUCUCCUGAAGUCCAUCCGGUUCCUGCUGCUCCUCUGGAGCCUGAAGUGAUGACCAACAGUGAGCAGUGCUACUUCUGUGGGGAAAUGGUGUACGUGGUGGAGCGCGUCAGCGCCGAGGGAAAGUUCUUCCAUAGGAGCUGCUUCACCUGUCAUAAGUGUGGCAUCACACUCAGAUUAGGAGGGUAUGCCUUCGACAAGACUAGCGGGAGAUUUUACUGCGAGCAGCACUCUGAGGCUCUGCUGCUUCCAAAUGGGGUUGAAACCUCACCUGAGGGCAUUAAAGAGGAAAUGGAGGAAGAGAACGAGCUUUCCAGUGAAGGGUAUACACCAUCUCCGUCCGAUGAGGAGUUUUUCCUUGAUCCCAAACCAGAAGGAUCAGCUCAGAGUGAACGUGAGGCCGCAGUAGAGUCGAGCGCUUCACCUGAGCCUGCAGCUAAGCACGAGGUAUCGGCGCCCGAGUCGAUGCCUUUUCCCGUUCCAAAGCCACGCCAUGUGCGUCAGACGACUCCCAACUCCGAGCCCUCCCCUCCAGUGGCGAAACCCCGCAAAGUCCUGUUGGCUCCACCAGCCGCUCCAGAGGAAACCUUAGCAGUAAUAGACUUCUCUCUUAAGCCAUCGCUGCGAAAGCUUCAGCUGUCCAUCGAGGAGAAACAUGAGCUCGGGAAUCUGCAGAGCUUCAGCGCAGACUCGGACUCGGAAACCCAAGGCGGAUCUUCCUCCUGCUCCUCUUCCUCCGCGAAUGCGUGCGGGCCUCCUAAACGAGAAGGGCAGGACGGACAAGAGGAGGACGGCUACUGGAGCGGGAGCAAUGCCAGUCUCAUCCGGGAGAAGAAGAAUCGACACUGCUUCAAGAGGAAAGAGAUGCCGAAUGGGCAGAACCGGGUACGGUCCAAAUUCUCCCCCUGGAAUCUGUCCUCCCCGAGGAUCAGCAGGGACGCCCGACUCAGCGUCCACGUCAGUCAGCCCGGCAGAGUGGAGACGACAUUCGGACAUAUUCACAGCGCCUCAGAGGAUGGCGUUGAUGAAGAUGAUGACGACGAGGACGAUGAUAUGUUUGAAGAGGAAGACUAUACCGAUAUGAAGUUUGAAUCAGGGCCAGAUGACCCAGUGGAGGCAGAGAAGUUUGAGUGGAAGAGGAUGAAGACGCUCGAGCGGCGAGCCAAGAUGAGCGUAAUGGAGCAGUUCUGCAAAGCUCAGUCAAUUCAGCGCAGACUGGAGGAGAUUGAGGUUUCCUACAAGGACCUGGAGGAGAAAGGUGUGAAGCUGGAGAGGAGCCUGCGCAGAGAGCCCAACAACACAGACUCUGAUUCGAUUGAACAGUGGAUCCAGCUGGUCCAUGAGAAGAACGCCUUGGUGUCUGAGGAGUCGGACCUGAUGGUGGAGUCCCGACAGCUGGAACUGGAAGACAAGCGCACCAUGUUAGACCUGCAGUACAGGAAGUUAAUGGACAUAAAAGAUAAGACUCCAGAGCAGAAGGCAGAAGAAGAGCGACUCAUGGAGGAGAUACUGGAGGUGGUGGCAAUGAAGAACUCCCUGGUGACAUUUUUGGAAGAGAAAAGGCUGAAAGAAAUGAGCGAGAAGGAGGAAGCUCUCUCUAUCAAGGAGGCUAAAAGACACUCCAAGACCGGAGCUCAAGUUCAGUGGGCUUAAGUUUUUAUUUUGGUUUUAUUUUUUUGGGGACACGCCCUCACAGAAUGGAUGAACCUGUGUGGAUUACAGGUGACGCUUCUUCCGUGUGCGAGAGUCAGACUCUGAUCCUGAAGGUUAGAUUAAAAAAGCCAAAGAUGGAACAUCAUCGUUGGUGGAGAGAGGAGACAGUCGGUGGUUCCUUCAGAGUUUACAAAACAUCUGGAAUCCUGAUGUGUGCAGAGUUUGAUGAGAGGACUGAUGUUUACACGUCUGUUGAACAAUCACCAUCAAUCUGCUUUAGUGUCAUAAAAGCACAGGCUGCAGAUCAAACACAGGAGGGAUUGCCUCUGAACUUGUGUUGCUUUAUUGUUUCUAUAUGAUUUUAACUGUUAAAGUAUCAGUGGAUGAAAGUCACAUAUAGGUUAUCUAGAUUCUGUUUUAAUAGAAAUAUGAAGCCGGUUCCAAAGAGGAGAGGAUCUUCCCAUACCAGAACAGCCGAUUUACAGUCUGUUCAAUUUCUUUUUAGCUUUUCAUCUUUAUUGUUAAGGAAUUUUGUAGCACUUUCUUGUUUUUAUUUCAUCGGUUCUUCACAGCAUGCCGGUUUGGGAAUCUCAGGGGUCUGUAGUGGAGUUGUUGGCUCACAUUCUUUAACUAGUUGGGAUUUAUUUAAUUUUUUUUCAUGGGUUGAAAAGCAGACUUGAGUUGGACUGGUUCGUUAAACUUUAAUGCCUUCAUUGAUCAUUUGCAAAUGAAAGAAACUGAGACUGAAACAAGUCGGUUAAAAGAAGCCUUAUGCCAUAUAUAUCAUCCUGCUGCCAUUUUGUGCCAUUUGAACACUUCACAGUAUAUAUCAAAUAAAGAUAUCGC